AUGCGUAUAACGCUGUUUUCAUCUCAUCAGGUAACAAUUGUGAAACUUAUACUCGCCCCAAUGGAAGGCUUAACCGACCCUAUCAUGCGUGACGUUCUCACACAUGUCGGUAGCUUUGACUGGUGCGUGACUGAGUUUAUCCGUGUAACGGAUUCGGUCUUACCUGACCAUGUUUAUCAUAGCUAUUGUCCAGAAUUAAACAAUCAAGGCAAAACAGCCGCUGGCACACCAGUACACGUUCAGUUUUUAGGAAAUAAUCCUGAAAUGCUCGCAGCCAAUGCGGUACGCGCUGCUGAAUUAGGUGCUCCUGCAAUCGAUAUGAAUUUUGGUUGUCCUGCUAAAACAGUAAACCGUCAUAGAGGUGGUUCAGUACUUCUCGAUGAGCCUGAAGUUGUACAUGAGUUGGUCAAGGCUGUACGUGAUGCAGUACCCAAACACAUCCCUGUAUCUGCAAAAAUGCGUUUAGGUUAUAUGGAUCGAAAUUUUACCCUUGAAAAUGCGCAUGCCAUUGAAGAUGCUGGCGCAGCUUGGGUCACUGUCCAUGCUCGGACCAAAGCUGAUGGUUACACCCCACCAGCAUUUUGGGAUCAGCUACAGCCUAUUCGUGAAGCACUCAAGAUCAAUGUGAUUGCCAAUGGUGAAAUCUGGACCAAUGCUGAUGCGAAACAAUGCCAACUUGAAUCAGGUUGCCAAGAUUUGAUGAUUGGUCGUGGUGCUGUGACUACACCAGAUCUCACACAAUGUAUUCAGCUGAACAUGGUCGGCCGUUAUAAACAAUGGAUUGGGAUGAUGUCUAAGCAUUACCCCGAAGCCAAAGCCUUAUGGGAUGAAAUCAAACGGUUGAAAAAAAUUGAUGAAGUGCUGGAGAAAUUGAAUCCUGCACAUUUUUAA